AUGACUGCACAGAAUAAUUUCACUGUUGAGAGGCUAGCAGAGGUGAAGCUUACUCAUAGCAGAGGCAAAUGUCGAAAGUUAUAUAUAGUGCAGAAGGUUUUUGGAGAUGACCGUAGCGGCACGAGCAGGGCAUGGCAUGGCACAAAAACUGCGAAUGAAGAUCCUCCACUCCCAUUUCUCCCUCCAGAUUCUACACAUUCUCCAAAACCCAUUCCUCCCGAAAUUACUCAUACUAAAAAGCCACCCUCGCCGUUAAACACCUGUCGUCUCCGGCGAAUCUCCAGAGAAUGCACCCAGCUCACCUUCCCCUCAAUCUCUUUCCCGCCCCAUUAUACUUCGAAACUUGAAAAUCCGCCGCUCUCAGUCCAUUUGCGUGCGAAGUUCGAGCUAAGCUUGUUUCUUCGUGUUUUGGAAGUUACAAGAAGGUUCCCGCGUCGAGAUUUGAGCUCCGCCGUGGCGGGGACGGUGGAGAUGGACGGGGAGGGAAUUGACGAGCUCUGCCGUCGCGGAGGCUGGACGUACGGCGUGCUCUGGCGUAUUGAUCGCCGGGAUCCACGCCUGCUCGUUUUGGAGGAAAGUUACUAUGAAGAAAAGAGUGGGAGGAUUUUUGAGAAGAUGAUUAAUCAUGUUCAUGUGAUUGGACAAGGAACCAUUGGAGAAGUAGCCAUAAGUGGAAAGCACCGGUGGAUCAAUUUUGAUGCCCAAUGUAUGGAAUCAAUUGAGGUUAGCACCAGUGUUAAAUCAGACAUAUAUAAGGAAAAUGCUGAGUGGCGACAUCAAAUUUCAUCAGGAAUAAAGACAGUUGCAGUAAUUUCUCUGCCUCCAUUAGGAGUGAUUCUAUUUGGUUCCACACAAAAGGUUCGACAAGCUCAGCAUUUGCUUCGUCAGCUUGGAAUCAGAGAAGUUGGAUAUGAUCACGUAGAUUGGAACUUCACUUAUCCACAAGCAACAUUUGCUUCUGUGAUUUCUUCUCUGAGCUCAUCUAAUUUCAAGGACAAUGUAUGGCGUGAUGAUGCCUGGAAACAGAGACAGGAAAACCAUUUAUCUUUAGAAUAUUCAUCUCUAGCUUCAGGAUUUCUCUCAAUGGGAUCUCAAAUUGGUACAAGAUCUCAAACAUGCAGCCUGAAGCCUCAUGCAUCUUCAAUGCCUAUCGCAUCCUCUUCAUCAAGUUCCUUUAAUUGUUUUCACAACCUAUUCCAUGAAACACCUUCCGUCAACAGCACAACACACAAAUUCACAAGCCAACAGGAAGCUUUGACUGAAGCUCAAAUCUUGUUGCCACCCAACAACGGCGGCAAUUGCAAAUCUCCAAGUAAUCUACUUCCCACCUACUUCAAAUCUAACACACGGGCUAAAGAAACCAGUUCAUUUUCUUGUAUGGAGCAUAAACCAUUCCCUGGGAUAACCAUGCCAGGGGUUUUCAACAUGAUUCCAACAACUUUUGAUUCUUCUACUACCCGCUCAGAUGCAUUUGAUGUUUAUCAGAAUUCAACUUUGAUGCAUGGCAUAGUUGGGCCACAGGCAAUGUUGGACAGAGGCGGUAUAUCUUCUAAUACAAGUGUACCCAGCCUUGAUGGUGCAGGAAAUUUACAAGAGCUCCAGCAUUGUUCUUCACCACCUGUUUCUUUAUGUGGCUUAUCCACCGUUAAAUCCUCAUCAAACGCUUCUCCAUUCACUCCUGAACUACCUGAAAAUUUUCUCAUUUCUCAUGAUCUAAAUCCUGAAAACUCUGCGUUGGCUCACUCUACUAAUGAACUAGAAACUCAACAUAUACAUGAUAAACCCCUAAAUAAUCAUAUCGAUUCGAGCCACCAAACAGAUAAUCAGGUCAAUAAUGGCUCUGCAGCAGAAUAUCCUAAUAGUAUAUCUGUAUGCGUUUCUUCCUCUCUGGAUAGAAGCAGUAAUUGGAAUGAAAGCACCUCGAAUGCUUCAACCAAGCUUGUUUCAGAUAAUGACUUGUUUGAUGGCAUGGAAUUGGAUCUUAGUCCAAUGAUUUUGAGACAAGAGUGCUGGGAUGACAUCGUAUUGCCAAUUGUCAGCAAUAAUUGCAUAUCUGAAAUGGAAAUGGGCUCAGUUACAGGUGCUGGCAAAGAUUUGUUUUCAGACUCUAGUCUUGAACAGCUACUGGAUGCUGUAGUUUCUGGAAAUUCUAAUCUCUCUUCUAGCUGUAACUCUGUUAGGAAAAAGACUAAUGUUGCUUCUAAUCGAGAUUCAAAACAUCAAUUACCAACAAAAGUCAGUGAUGCACAAGCAAACCAUCAUCCAGUUGCUGAUCCUUCACUCAUUCAGACACCUCCAGUUUCACUUCCUGAAUGGAAUAGCGAAAAGCUGAUGCUAGGAUCACCAAAGAGUGUUGAGCCAAAGCCUAAUCUCUGCGCUUGGAUUUUUGACAAUUGUAAUGUCAAUGCCGAAGGUUCUGCAUUUAAUCAGACAAAGAAAACAGAAGAAUCAGCAAAAGUAAUUCGAAAAAGGGCCAGGCCUGGCGAGAGCACCCGACCGAGGCCAAAAGAUCGACAACAAAUACAAGAUCGUGUAAAGGAGCUGCGAGAAAUUGUUCCUAAUGGUGCAAAGUGUAGCAUUGAUGCUUUGUUGGACCGGACGAUUAGGCAUUUGCUUUUCUUGCAAAGUGUUACAAAGUAUGCCAACAAACUCAAACAUGUCGAUGAGCCGAAGAUCAUUGGUGAAGAGAGUGGGGUUGUCUUAAAAGACAAUACAAAUGGAGGUCUUGGUGGUGCAACUUGGGCCUAUGAAGUAGCUGGCCAAACCAUGGUUUGCCCAAUAUUAAUUGAGGAUCUUCACCCUUCUGGGCAAAUGCUUGUUGAGAUGCUCUGCGAAGAACGAGGUUUUUUUCUCGAGAUUGCCGAUGUUGUUCGAGGAUUCGGAUUGACCAUCCUGAAAGGAGUAAUGGAAAAUCGUGGAAGAAAAGUUUGGGCAAGGUUCAUUGUUGAGGCAAACAGAGAUGUUACAAGAAUGGAUAUAUUUCUGUCAUUAGUCCAGCUUCUGCAACAAACAAGUAGCUGUAUUCGGUCCUGCGAGCCGCGAGCGAGGAUCAUGGACACAUCAUUGACUUCUUACCAGCAAUCCUCAGCUGCAAUUCCAAUCGGUCUGGUUGAUAGACUACAAUGAGUGGAUGAACUACUCCAAGAUGAAAAGCAUUUUGAUCUCUUUAAAGUUUCGUUUGAGACAGCUUUCGUACUGCUUUUUAAAAUGGCUUUUUAUAACAAAAAUUUCAAAUUCAAGAAAUUUUUAUACUAGAAAGCUAUUUUAAAAUGCAAAAAAAAAGCCGCCUCAAAUGAAGCCUAAGUGUAUGCCAAUAAAAAUCUGCUUUGCCUUUGCUGCUGUGGUAUACUUUACACAGAUUACAGGGGAGACGGUUUACUACUUUUAGGCAGUGAGAUCUUUGUGUGAUCUUCUUGUAAAGUGUUUUCUUGAAUAAGUUGUCAAAUUCAUGGAUUGUAAUUCAAGGUCUCCUGCUAUGUUGUGUGUUUGUCAUUU